UCUAUCUUGCCACUCGAACACGUCCUCAACGUCUGCGACGUUCCCCUCGUCCAUAAAGACGUCCCGCUCCGUCUCUUCUGCGCGCCCCUGCGCUAAAUGGCCACUCCUUAUGCCUUUGUAACUCUUGUAUCUUCCGAUUUCUACCUUCCAGGCGCUCUCGCGCUCGCCGCUGCGCUCAAGGACCUGCACCCGUUUCCGCCUGCCCCGCCGGAGGUAGAAUUUCACACGGUCUGCCUCACCACCCCAGAGACGGUCGACGUGUCGACGAUCAAGCUCCUUAGGAGCGUAUAUAAUGUUGUCAUAGGUGUCGAGAUAAUCGAGCAGGAGGACGACCGGAAGCUGCGUCUGCUAGGUCGUCCGGAUCUCAACACCGUCCUCACGAAACUUCACAUAUUCCGGUUAACUCAGUACUCGAAGAUAAUUUUCCUGGACGCAGAUGUCCUUCCUGUUUUACCGAUAUCCCACCUCUUCUCCACGCCACAUGAGUUUUCCGCCAUUCCGGACGUCGGAUGGCCAGAUAUCUUUAACUCGGGAGUCCUUGUGGUAACUCCUGGCGAAGAAAAGUUCAAGGAGCUUAUGGACUUGCAGAAAACCAAGGGCAGCUGGGAUGGCGGAGAUCAGGGGCUGUUGAACGAGUGGAGGGGCUCCAAUUGGCAUCGACUCAGCUUCGUCUACAACACAACCCCUACCGCUGCAUACACGUAUGCUCCUGCGUAUGAACGCUUUGGAUCUGCCAUACGGGCGAUUCAUUUCAUCGGAUAUAACAAACCUUGGAGAGGCCUGACGUACCGUUCACCCGGAAUCAAGAGCUCCGAGGCUACCCUUGACGAUGGCACAAAGAGGGCAUACAACUAUGAGGCACUUGUGGACAAGUGGUUCGAAGUUUAUGACACGCAUUAUCGCAUGGAUACCGUCUCGAAUUCGCCCGAGUUCAAAUUCGAUGCAUAUAUAUCAGCCUGGGAUACGGGAGACGCUUCCGGAACCCGACCGCAAUCCUCCUCUGGUGGCGCGUUAGGUCUACAGGAUUUGCGUCGGAUCGCAGUGGAAGGGACGAGCUCUCUUCCCGCUGUCGCUCUACCGUUUAUUGCCGGGCCUGUCAUGGGCGCAUACCGGUCUCUUCCUCUUGAGGGACGGGUGGAUUUGAUGCGCUCUCGGAAGCCCGAGCCGGAGCCAGAGUCAAAACCAAAUUCAGAGCCGCAACAACAGCCUUCCGUGGAGUCCGGCCAGCAACAAGAAGAAUCUCCAGGGACACCGCGACCGACGCACAUCCAGAUAUUUCCCUAUCAGGGAGACUAUUUCAGGACCGCGACGUUGCCAACCCCAGGUCCGAACGAAGUUCCUCCCGCCCCGUACCAUCAUGGUGGAUCUUUACCACCGACGCAGACACCUACUCCAUACCACGGUCCCCCUUCCCAGCAUGUUGGUCAGCACGGUCAACAGAACAGUCUGCAGAUAUCGCACUCGUCUCAGAGUCAUCCUGGGCCUGUGUACGUGGGUUCGCAGCCGCAGGGUGCUUCGUCACAUACUGUACCGCAAACGAUUCAUCAUCCAUCCCACCAUCUGCAUCGCGCUCCGUCUCAUACCAGCCAGCAGCGUACGUCAUUUACGCCGCAGGACUCUUCCGAUUCGGAGCACACGCCACCUGCCAUCCGAUAUCCCUCGCACCAGCCUGUUCACCACCGCCAGCAGAGCCAGGGUCAUGUUCACCAGCCUGGAUACUCUAGCCCGAAGCGGGGAGACCCAAGGCGUGGCGGAUACGAGACGCCACCUCGACAGCAGCAGGGGUACCAGGAGCGCCAUUUGCAUGGCGGGGAUCGUACGCCUACCCAGGAUCAGCCGUGGAGGCACGAGGGGCAUCGUGGUCAGCAUCAGCCGGGGCAGACUCAGCACCAUGGUCACCAUCAUCACGAGCAUUCUCAACAUCAUCAAGGCCAUGUGCAGCAGCAGCAUCAGCAGCACCAGCACCAGCACCAACACCAGCACCAGCAGCAUCAGCAGCACCAGCACCAGCAACCCCGGCAUCACCAUCACCAGCCUCAGCACCAGCCUCAACCGCAGCACCAGCCUCAACCUCAGCACCAGCCUCAGUCUCACAACGAAGGAUCUACCCAGCCGCAGCAUCAUCAGCGGGCACCACCACCUAGGCCCAUUUCUCCGCCGAAAAUGGAGUGGAAUCCUGCUAUAGAGCCACCUCCCAAAACACCCCCGCCACCGUCCGCUUUUCCUGAGGAUACUUAUUACCCUAAUAUCUGGGAUCAGUCGUUUGACCACUCUCGUGACACUCAUCGUCAUCCUGCUGCCUCGCCUUCUGCGGAAAGGGAAUUUUUUACUCCUCCUCCUCCUUCCGUAAUACCUGAUCAUCUCAUCCGCGAAGGCCAGUAUUCGAACGUCCUCGGUCCUUCCCCUCCCCAGGACUCUCCUGAAUCCGUAUCGUCGCCGCCGGCUCCGGAUAAAUCGAAGGUUCAUGCGGUAUUCCCGUGGGAAGAGAAGCCACGCCACGUUCCCAGACGAGUCUUUCCCAUAACUGACCCACCUCCCCCGGUCGCCAAUUUCAUCGAAUCUGAGCGGACGACCUCUCCCAUCCCUUCGCCCCAUCCCUCUCCUAAGCGUGACGUUCCCCACGUACAGCCAGCCGGCUCGCCUCUUGCCUCACCUUGGGGCGGCGUCGGGUUCUCGAACGCCUGGGACACGGUCCCGAGUAUUCAGCGCUACGCCCAGAAACUGGUUGGUUCCCCGAGGAUAUUCCCAUUCCAGUACAUGGCGUCUCCAUCGCUUCCGAAGGACGACGAUUGGAAACAGCAGCCCAUUUCUCCGCCGAAAAUGGAGUGGAAUCCUGCUAUAGAGCCACCUCCCAAAACACCCCCGCCACCGUCCGCUUUUCCUGAGGAUACUUAUUACCCUAAUAUCUGGGAUCAGUCGUUUGACCACUCUCGUGACACCCAUCGUCAUCCUGCUGCCUCGCCUUCUGCGGAAAGGGAAUUUUUUACUCCUCCUCCUCCUUCCGUAAUACCCGAUCAUCUCAUCCGCGAAGGCCAGUAUUCGAACGUCCUCGGUCCUUCCCCUCCCCAGGACUCUCCUGAAUCCGUAUCGUCGCCGCCGGCUCCGGAUAAAUCGAAGGUUCAUGCGGUAUUCCCGUGGGAAGAGAAGCCACGCCACGUUCCCAGACGAGUCUUUCCCAUAACUGACCCACCUCCCCCGGUCGCCAAUUUCAUCGAAUCUGAGCGGACGACCUCUCCCAUCUCUUCGCCCCUUCCCUCUCCCAAGCGUGACGUUCCCCACGUACAGCCAGCCGGCUCGCCUCUUGCCUCACCUUGGGGCGGCGUCGGGUUCUCGAACGCCUGGGACACGGUCCCGAGUAUUCAGCGCUACGCCCAGAAACUGGUUGGUUCCCCGAGGAUAUUCCCAUUCCAGUACAUGGCGUCUCCAUCGCUUCCGAAGGACGACGAUUGGAAACAGCAGUGGGAGAGGCAACGAGAGAAAGAGAUGCAGGAUAGGCAUGACGCGAGUAGCAUGGAUGGGGACGAUGAAGACGACAGCGAUGAAGAGUUGGACGAAGGGGAACAGGAGGGCAGCGAGGGCGGCUCGCGUAGCAAGCGCGGUCAAGGUUCGCGCAAGAAGUCAUAUGCGCAGAAUCCGUCCCGGAGCAAGAAAAAGUAUCGCUCGCGCGGCGUUCAAGUCAAGCCUGACACUGUCGAGCAGGGUAUUCAGACCAUUGUUGACCCUUUAGUAUGUCCCCACUGCUCGCGCCCCACUCGUGAAGCUGUCGCGGAGACAGCACCGGUGACUGCCCUCGCCUCAGCCGCUGUCGGCCUGGGCAUCAAAAAGCAACGGGCCCCCGCUCCAAAACUGCUGCCUUCUGCAGUACCUCGCGACUUCCUGGCGCAGGAACAAGGCGUUGGGACACCACUUUUGCCCACUGUUGGCCGCUCGGCCGAACCGUUUCCUUCGCUCGCAACCCCUAGUGGUUUGAGAUCACCUGCGACUCUGGGUUUUCCUCGCACGUACUCGCCGCCGAAGACUACUUCUCCUCGUCGAAUUUCUUCUCCGCCAAAAGUUACUUCACCACCAGCGGUUUCGUCCCCGCUUCGGGGGCCGUCCUCUCCCGUGAAGACCUUUGCUCCUCAGCCUGCCCAGGCUAGACCUUCGCUUUCCCCUCAGGCGACCUCUAGACCCCCGGCUCCGCGCAAGCUGUCCUCGUCCUCUCUGACCGGCUCGGGCUCAUCGAGGGCCAGCUCGCCAGUUGUCGGUCCAGCGGCCCGGAUGGCUCAAACUACUCCAUCCCCGAAACAUACACGCUUAUCUUCGCUGUCACCCGGGUUGACGCGCUCUAUCUCCACCGAGACGGCGAUAACACCUUCGCCUACGACGACCCAUGACUCUCCCAUUACCCCUGCGGACAGCACCCCUCGCAAAGGAUCUCGCGUCUGGGACCCGGCCAGAGGUGUUGACGUCUUCAAGCGUGGUUCAGAGGAGGUCUUGGCCCGCUUCCUGCGGAUGGGUUCGUUCGAAGAAGAAAACAAGCAACGUCAAGCCGUCUAA